AUGUUUCGGUUGGUGGCCAACUUCCCAUGCACCUGCCCAACCGCCCUUUACCGCCGUUGGGCGGGGGACAUUCGCACGUCAGAGCAGCUUGCGGUUGGGGAAGCGGGUCGGACCAGGAAUCUGCUGGGCAAGAAGUUUAGAGCUGUAGCACGUACAGGCUUCAGGAAGCCUCCAUCUCCACCCCGGCCCCCACCAUCACCCCCAAAGCCCCCUGCCAAGCCACGCCUUCCGCCCCGCAAGCCACGGGCUCCCCAAAAGCCACCUGCCCUGCCGCCGUCCCCACCCCGUCGCCCUCCUUCACCUCCUCGCACCCGGAACGGUGUCCGGCUGACCCGUGGGGCUGGUCGCAUCGGCCGCCUAGAGGUGUCCUUCAAGCAGGAGUACUACCCCGCCCAGUGGGGCUACACGGAGAACGGCGGCUGGGCGCCCCUGUGCGAUGAUGGCAGCGUUGGCCCCGACGAAGCCAUUUUCUUCUGCCAGCAGCUUGGAUUCAAGACGGGUCGCCAGUACUACGCCGCGGGCAUCAGCGACUUUGGAGCCGAUGAGGUUAUCACGCCAUCACCUGUGGGUGGUCUGCUGUGCGACGGGUUUCCUCCGGAGAUCCCUGUCGGCAUGAUUGCUUUCCAGAACGAUGACGACCCCACCUGCUUCCUGUUCCGGUCCGACUGCAGCGAAGGGGUACUCGUUGCCCUCCAGUGCUCCAACGCCAACUUCACGACGCCGAGCCGACCACCUCCACCUCGCGCAGCAGGGCCGCCGCCGCGCGCGCCACCACCGCCUGAUAUGCCCGACGCCAUCAAAGUCUUGGACCUGGAACCGAACCUGGUAGACGCUGGCGGCAUGCGUGCCGGUAAUGGCCGUGUGGAAGUGCUGGUCAACACUUCCGCGGGGGAGCCCGUCUGGGCGCCACUGUGCGCGACAGCGGAGGACCUGGCGCUGUUCAAUCCACCAGAGUGGGGUUCCGACUAUAUCCCAGAUCCGGUCGCUAACACGUCUUGCAAUCAGGAGGACCCAAGAACCAACACCUGGAAUACUGAGGUGAUUGGUUUCAUCCGCCAGCCGGUCCCAAUCCCCAACGACACCCUCCCCGUAAACUCGGAAGCCAACCUGUUCAACCCCGCCAAGUACACGCAUUGGGUCACGGUGGUGGGCGGCAAAAACGAGAGCAAAUACGCGCUACAGGCGAUGGAUCUACAGGUCUCAACCACCCCUUGCGCCACAGGCUACAUGUACAGCCUGAUCUGCCAGUACCUUACUAUGUACGGAUGA